ACGAGAGCUACCAUAAUCUCUAUCAAUAUUGAUUGAUGUAAACAAUAAGUCCCACUUCUUAGUUGAAAUAUAGCUUUAAAUUAAGCGCGAUUAAUGUCAAAUAUUUACAUAUCCGUAUAAUAAACUCGUUAAUGAAUUGUAUAAUCAUAUUACACAAUUUAUUAAAUAUUUGAACUAUGGAAUCAAAUUCCAAUAAUGAAGUAAAAAUAAUUUCGAGCAAUUGCAAUGAAUUUGAACCAGGAGCUGCACGAUUUGGAAAUUUUAUCAAUUAUUACACUUUCAAUUCUGUUUCUAAGCGUUUACAAGCCCUGCCUAGUGACUUACCAUCAAAUAUAAAAGUAGAUCACGAACCCAUCGUUUGUUUGGAUAUAGGAUGCAAUUCUGGUGAUUUAACUGUUGCACUUUAUUCGCAUCUGGCUACUUCAUAUCCAAACAGACAAAUUUAUAUGCUUGGGAUAGAUAUCGACAAUGUCCUCAUUACACGCUGCAAUGAAUCAAAUAAAAAUGAAGCAAAUAUCACGUAUGAACAAAUAGAUAUCAUGAACGAGAAUGCUCUACAAAAACUGAAGUCAUACCUCGAGCUACAUAAGAAAUCUGAAUUUGAUAUCGUUACAUGCUUUUCUACGACUAUGUGGAUACAUUUAAAUAAUGGUGAUGAUGGACUUAAUUAUUUUCUUAGAAUUGUAUCUAAUUUGUCUAAGCAUUUGCUUAUUGAACCGCAAGAAUGGAAAUGCUAUAGAUCAGCAGUCAGAAGAAUGACUCGCUUACAUAGAGAAAAGUUUGACGUUCAGUUGUUGAAAAUAAGAAACAUUUCUGAACAUUUAAUUCUGUUUUUGUCUACACAUUGUGAUAUGUAUUUAAAAGAAUGUUUGGGGGAAACUUCAUGGGGUAGAAAGCUAUACUUUUUUAAGAAAUCUUGAUAUUUUAUGUAAUUUUAUAACAUAAAAAUUUUAUGAAAUAAAAUUAUUUUAA